AUGAUUCACUGCGUCGGAGUCGACCCGCUGACCUUCCCUGUUGUUUUAAAAUUAAAAAGACACUCCGAGACGAGCGUCAGCCUGCUGCAGCCCUGGCAAAGCUCUGUUGUCAGUCUACCCAGAGUCCUUGGCUGAGCAGCAAAGGACCAUCACACUGAUCUGCUCUUCUGCAACACAGGUUUGGUAAAAACGGCAAUUCUCCAGGUCGACCGGGAACAACUAAGCCAUGGCCCACUGUAAUCUGCGGUCUUCGUCCUCCCCUUCUCAUGACGAUGUCAAUCUGGGGCCUUCAGCAAACCCACACGCCAGACCAACUGACUUUGACUUCCUGGCUGUCAUUGGAAAAGGAACCUUUGGAAAGGUCCUGCUUGCAAAGCUGAAAGCCGAUAACAAGUUCUACGCGGUCAAAGUGCUGCAGAAGAAGAUCAUCCUCAAGAAAAAAGAGCAAAAGAACAUCAUGGCGGAGAGAAAUGUGCUCCUGAAGAGCCUGAAACACCCAUUUCUGGUUCGGCUCCACUACUCCUUUCAGACCGCAGAGAAACUCUACUUUGUGCUUGAUUAUGUAAACGGAGGAGAGCUCUUCUUCCACCUCCAGAGGGAGAGAUGUUUCUCGGAGCCCAGGGCGAGGUUCUACGCCGCUGAAGUGGCGAGCGCUAUCGGCUACCUUCACUCUCUCAAUAUUGUCUACAGAGAUUUAAAACCAGAGAAUAUCCUUUUAGACUCUGAGGGUCACGUGGUGCUGACAGAUUUUGGCCUGUGCAAAGAGGGCGUAGAGCCAGAGGGAACCACCUCCACUUUCUGUGGCACCCCAGAAUACUUGGCACCGGAGAUUCUACGUAAGGAACCAUACGACAGGACGGUGGACUGGUGGUGUCUGGGAGCAGUUCUUUAUGAGAUGAUCUAUAGCCUGCCUCCGUUCUACAGCCGGGAUGUUGGGGAAAUGUACGACGGGAUCCUCCACAAGCCGCUGCUGCUCCAUCCAGGGAAAUCUGAGGUCGUCUGCUCUCUGCUGAACGGUCUUCUACAGAAAGACCCACACAGACGUCUCGGAGCCAUUGCUGACUUUUUAGAAAUAAAGAACCACCCCUUCUUUGCUCCAAUCAACUGGGAUGACCUUUAUCACAAGAGGAUCACUCCUCCUUACAACCCAAAUGUGAGAGGCCCAGCAGACACUCAACACAUCGAUCCGGAGUUCACCAGGGAAAUGGUUCCCAACUCGGUGAGUCGGACCCCCGAUUUUAAUGCCAGCACCAGCUCCAACAACGCUUUCAACGGGUUCUCCUUCGUCGGCACAGAGGACAGUUUCUUGUGAGACAAAAAGGUUCAAACUGUCUGAAAUAACAAUGAAAAAUUAUAGGUUCUGUCAAAAAAUGGGACCAUCACUCUUCUGUGUUUAAUCUCCCAAAUGUAACAGAGUCUCUUCUGGCAUAGCUCAGAGGAAAUGGAGACGUUCAAAGUGUGUGGAUAGCAAAUGAGCCUUUGUUCAUUUCAUUUGAAGAAGCAUAAGGAACACCUGAGGAAAAGGUUUAGACCAAUGAUUUGUUGUUGUUUUUUUUAAGAUGUUUUGGUAUAAAGUAUGUCCUGCACCUCUGAACGGAUAUAAGGACAAAAGUAAGAAUGAAUCAUGUAAACAAGUAAAAUCAGAAGAUCAAAAAAGAAGGUAAACUGUUUUUAAGCUUCAACUGCAGUGUCUUAGUUUGUGUCGUACUUGUAUAUUUUACAUCUCAUUGCUGCGUAGACUGGCGGGCUGAAUUGGUUUGUUAAUAUGCUUUUAUAUUUUUGUAAAUUGUAUGAUUUUGUUUUUUAACGGGUAAAUGGGCUAAUAGCACAGUGGAACAAAGCUAAAAAUCCUGCACAGCCGCAGUUUUCUCAAGUCGGUUGCUAGGGUUUGCUCUAGUUACUGUACAAAAACAAAGAUUGCGAAUGAACAGUGAAAAUAAAUCAGCUUGGACAGAGUUAUUAUGUAGCAAGUGUAAGGCUGCUUGUUUUUUUAUAAUAACUACAAAGACAUGUUUGAACAAAAACAAAAGGUUUUCCUUUACACUGUGAUUAGUGUAGCUGGUACGAACAACGGGUAACCGUCAUGACAGCAGUGACCUUGCAUGUGCACAGGCUUGAUUGUCUACAUUAAUUUGCGAACGAGGUACUGCUGUUAAAACCUACUCUAUGAAGCAGUCAUCUACACCGUAGUAUCACCAUUAAGGUUGAUUGUUAUGCAGAAUCUAUAUUUAUGCAUUGUAACUCCUGAGAAAUGUACACAUUUUCUAUGACAUCACUGUAUCCAGCUUCUGUAAAUGUACGGUAACUGCCUUGCUAUAUCCUUAUGUAAAUGUGUUGAAAUUACUGUGGCAACGUAAACUGUGAAAUGCUUCUGCCAUAACUAUUUUAGUGAUAAUUGGUGCUAGGUCUUGGAUAUAAUGUAUUGCUCCUGGUCAGAUAAAAAAAAAAUUCCUGUUUGUAAUAUAAAACAACUGUAUUUAAAUUCACAUGUGAGGUGUUUUUCUGUGAACCCCUAUGUUAGCACAACAAAGUAAACACUCGUUAAUUACCUCCUUUAAAGUGUUAAAUAUUCACAUGCAUAACUGGUCAUGCAAAAUCUGCUUUUUUUAGCCCUUAAAUAUAUUUUUGUUGUGUUC